AUGCGCCUGGGCCUCAGGCGUGGACCCCGGAAUGCAGGAAGGGUGUCAGGCAGGCGGGCCGCGGGCACACACCGCAUGGCCUUCCUUCCCCAGCCCCUCCACCUCAGCACAAGCGGCAACUACGCCACAGAAGCCACGGAAGGCAGCGAGUCGGGCGCCAGAUGCUCCGCCGCCUCCAGAAGCGGGGAGCGGGGCCUGGGGCCGCGAGGGGGGCGGGCAGGGGCCGACCAGGCCGACCCGGGCUCGGGGCCUGGCUCGGUGGCAUCCUCAGGCGGCAAGCGGACAGGUGCACAUUCUGGGAUGUGGACGCGGCGGAGCGGACGCCAGGAGACGGGUCCUCCCGGGGGAGGGGAGGAGGGGACACUCACCCCAGAGCCCUGGGGUCUGGGCUCUUGGCCUUACGGGAAUACCCACCUGGACCAAGGCUGA